CAUGGUGCCUGAUGCCGGGAGGGAUGCACAGAUUGCGACUGCCGAUAGACCUCUUGGAUUGUGCUACGUUCGUAUGCGUACACAGUAGACGACCAGUAUCAUGAUUGAGCACUCACCGUAGUCUUUCCUUAAGAUCACCGCCGCGUUGACACAGUAUUCGCGUCGCUUGUAGCUAAAACCAUGCAGCUGCCAGUGAGUUUGGUGGCGCUGGCCGCUGCUGCGCAUGCGCUCUCGACGACCGUUGAUUCCUCCCUCUACUCCAACGAAGCACCUUUGCUAUGGGGACCGUACCGACCCAACCUCUAUCUAGGCAUUCGGCCUCGCGUCCCAGAUACCCUCGUUGCGGGGUUAAUGUGGGGAAAGCUGGAUGAACAAGAGAAGUUAUUGCGUCACACGGUCGAGCAGAACGAUGGCAUGGCUAUGUAUGGCUGGAGUACAUACGAUGCGCGCGCCGGUGGGACCCAGAUUAUUCGAGAUGUCGGGAACCAAAUUGACAUCACGACCGAGUUCAUAAAGAAAUCCGAGGGCCAGAGCGCAGGCAACUGGGCACUGCGAGUCAAAGGCAGACCGCGCACUGGCGCACCCGCGGAUUUGAAGACCUCUGUUGUCUUCUACGUGGGUAUGGAGGCUAAGAAAGAUUGCCCGGACUGCCAGUUCGAGGCUUUUGAGCAACUUGGUGCUGGAGACGAUAAGUCUGUCGAAGCAGUGAACAUCGCCGUCAAGCAUCCGCGACUGGGAUCCGCAGGAAUCCACAUCCCGGCAUCAGUAGGGGCGGACGGACGACAUGAAGGCACGAUUGUGCAUACGGCGAACGUUACCGAAGACAAGCUAUGGCAGGCAAAGUCCACUUUCCUCGACGCGUUGAAAGCUCAAUCGGAGGCUCAAUCAAAAGACGGAGCAAAAGCCAGCGACAAGAUGAACGUAGUUCUCGAAAACGCUCCUGGAUCAGGCAACAUGCAUUUCGUGCAAAUGAUCAUCCAUGGCAGUUUCGAGAUUGACGUGCUCUAUUCGAGUCGAAUGGCAACGCGUGCUAUGACCGCAUCAGAAAUGGGAAGCAGUAUCCAGGACUCGAUAAUCGCAUACAGAAAUGCUUACUCUCACGUCUUCACACCCAAAGCUCCCUUCAACACAGCCCAUCACACUACGUUUGGUGAGAUGAUGCUUGCAGACUUGCUAGGCGGUGUUGGGUACUUUGAUGGCACGGCGAAAGUCGAUCGGUCAAAGAAAGCCAUCUAUGCUGAAACUACUGGGAAAUUUUGGGAAAAGACCGAAGAUGCCAAAAAGCACGCUAUACCCGAGACCAGAGAGAAGUACGAGCUGUUUACGCAUACCCCUGCUCGAGCUGCCUUUCCGCGAGGCUUCCUUUGGGACGAAGGCUUCCAUCUCCUUCCUGUGCUCGACUGGGAUGUCGAUUUGGCAAUGGAAGUGGUUAUGAGCUGGUUGAAGACCAUGGAUGAUGACGGUUGGAUAGCCAGAGAGCAAGCUGUCGGCACAGAAGCCGAGAGCAGCACUCCUGGCGAUGCCAUUACGCAGUACCCGCACAUCGCCAACCCACCUAUGCUGUUUGCUGUAGUAUCGAAAUUCGUCGACAUGCUACAAAGUAAAACGAAGUACUAUGGGCACGAGUCUACACUCUUGAAGCCUGAAGCGGGCAAGAAGUUUGUGAAGGAGUUGUACCCACUUCUGAAAAAGCAUUAUGAAUGGUGGCGCAAGUCUCAAUCUGGCGAUAUAGAGAUCCACUCUGUUCCAUCGGCAAAUCUCAACGAAGGGUACAGAUGGCGAGGUCGCACCCCAGAGACAAAUCUUGCUAGCGGUCUAGAUGACUACCCCCGACCAGAGCCUCCAGAUAUCACAGAGCUCCAUGUGGAUGCCCUUUGUUGGGUAGGCCUGAUGUCUCGCACUCUUGAGAAGAUUGCUUUCUUCACCGAGGCCACCCAUGAUGCGUUCACCUACCAGAACCAUAUCCGCGGCGUCAAAACCAAUCUUGAAACCCUUCAUUGGGAAGAGAAGCAAAGCGUAUACUGCGACACCGUCGUCCGCGACGACAAACAUACCUAUGUCUGCCACAAAGGGUACAUUUCGCUUUUCCCGUUCAUGACCGGCUUUAUUGACGCCACGCACCCUCAUCUCGAUGCAACGCUGAGCCUCCUACACGAUCCAAAUCAGAUCUGGACAGAUCACGGCAUCAAGUCUCUCUCGCAGGAAAGCAAGAAAUACGGCGUCGGCGACAACUACUGGCGCAGCCCUAUUUGGAUAAACAUGAACUACCUGAUCUUGACGCAACUCCUGUCCCUCGCCAACACACCAGGCCCUCAGCAAGAGCGAUGCAAGAACAUAUACAUCGAGUUGCGCCGCAAUAUCGUGCACACCGUGUUCAGCUCUUGGCUGGAGACGGGCUACGCGUGGGAGCAGUAUGAUCCUGUUGGUGGACACGGGCAACGGACUCAGCAUUUCACCGGCUGGACCAGCCUGGUGGUGUCCAUCAUGGCAAUGCCGAAUCUGGAAACGGGUGAUGGCGUUCGGGAGAAGGUCAAGGAGAUCUACAAAGAGGCCAAGAAACAAGCAGUGCAGAACCAGGGGUAUAGUGUGGGGACAGUAGUGUUCCUGGCCAUGCUGGUAGUGUUUGUGUACGUCACUCGAAGGAGGUUUGCUGGAUCGUGGAGGAGUUGGAGGCGGGUAAAGAAGUCUGGGGAUCGUAAUGUUUGAUACGAGGCUGUUCGAAUGUUAGGCAGGUCGUGCUGUCUCAUCACGUUUGCACAUUAAGGUCAAGUUUAUGCGUUGGGGGCUCAUAGACGCAGUGUAUUGCUAGGAUACUUUCAGAAUUUCUAAG